CCCAUUGGCCAACGCGGAAGCGCCAAGAUGGCGGCGGCGGCGGCGGCGGCGGCGGCGGCGACGGCGACUUGUAGCCCUGGCGCCGGGGGUCUUGGGUCUGCGGUGGCGGCGGCCGGCAAGCAUAGCGUCACCAGUUUCCAGAGGAGGGGUCCGAGAGCCAGCGGCUCCGACGGCGGCGGCUCUCGGCUGGUGUCCAUCGCGGGCACGCGACCGUCGGUGCGGAAUGGACAGCUGCUGGUAUCCACCGGGCUCCCAGCCCUGGACCAGCUCCUAGGUGGAGGUUUGGCCGUCGGAACACUUCUCCUAAUUGAAGAGGAUAAAUAUAAUAUUUAUUCUCCUUUGCUCUUCAAGUAUUUCCUGGCAGAAGGAAUCAUCAAUGGGCAUACUUUGUUGGUUGCAUCUUCAAAAGAAGACCCUGCUGACAUUUUGCAGGAACUUCCUGCACCGUUACUUAAUGAUAAUUGUAAAAAAGAAUUUGGUGAAGACGUAUGUAAUCAUAAAACAUCAGAAUCUAAUAUUAAGAUGAAAAUAGCUUGGCGUUACCAGUUAUUGCCCAAAAUGGAGGCUGGACCAGUAUCGUCUUCAAGAUUGGGUCACUAUUAUGAUGCAUCAAAAAGGAUACCACAGGAACUAAUUGAGGCUUCAAAAUGGCAUGGAUUUUUUCUCCCAGAAAAAAUGUCUUCCACUCUUAACGUAGAAUCCUGCUCUUUGACCCAUGGCUACAUGAAGCUGCUUCACUUUAUCCAGAACAUUAUUUAUGAGGAAGGAUUUGAUGGAUCCAAUCCCCAGAAAAAACAGAAAAACAUUCUAAGAAUAGGAAUCCAGAAUCUUGGUUCACCUUUGUGGGGAGAUGACAUUUGCUGUACGGAAAAUUGCAACAACAGUCAGAGUCUCACAAAGUUCCUCUAUGUUCUCCGUGGUCUUCUGCGAACCUCUCUCUCAGUCUGUAUUAUCACAGUGCCAACCCAUCUUAUCCAGAAUAAAGCAAUUAUUGCUCGUCUUACAAACUUGUCAGAUACAGUAGUCGGUCUGGAAUCAUUUAUUGGUUCUGAGAGAGACACCAACCCAUUAUAUAAGGAUUAUCAUGGUUUGAUUCAUAUACGGCAGAUUCCUCGACUUAAUAACUUGAUUGGUGAUGUAUCCGAUGUCAAAGACUUAGCUUUCAAAUUAAAAAGGAAGCUGUUCACCAUUGAGCGACUGCAUUUGCCUCCAGACUUGUCAGACACAGUGAGCCGCUCAAGCAAACAGGGUCUGGCAGAAUCCGCCGAGCUGCGGGGCCCGGGCUGUGGCGUGAUGGCCGGAGGCAAGACGCACCUGGACUUCUAAUGGUUCUUCCUUAGUCUUGCUUGCAGAAUUAUAUGACAGUCUAAUUGUGAUUGCUAAUAGCUUAUGUAAAUAUUUUUCUUAACGAUUUGACCCUUCAACCUUGAAAAGAACAGUUAGGAUUGCAAAAUGAGGCCACCAUUCUUCAUUUUUUUAACCAACUUUUUAUACAUAGUCAGCAGAAACACUUUCAUUUUAAAAUUUGUUUUAUGCCAUAUCCAGAGAAAAUAGCUGAUUUUAUUUUUAAAUAAAAGCAAAUCAAAUAUCAAAAU